AUGCCACUCCUCGACCACCUUCAUGACCACGAAGAGGAAGUAGUCGAUCACCACUGCGAUCAUGAAGCGGAAGUAGUCAAUGUCAUUUGCGACUACGAAGAGGAAGUAGUCGAUCUCGUUGACCACCUCAUUGCCGAUCAGCGCCACAACAAUGAGAAGUACAGGGAGUACGGCGAGAGCCGGUGGUUCUUCUUCACCACGAGGGAAGGCAAGCACGCGAGCGGCAGCCAGCCGAACCGGACCACGCUGGACAAUGGCCAAUGGAACGCCUCCGGAGGCGUAAGGCCGAUCUACUCCGCUGGCGCGUUGGUCGGAUGCGUGGUGGCGCUGGUGUUCUACGAAGGAUCUCGAAAGAAGAAGAACGAGGAGGACGCGGGGCCGCAGCUGCCGGAAGAGGAGAUUGGAAGGCCGGCGACCAAGGGAGUUAAGACGGAUUGGACCAUGUACGAGUACGAGAGCCUCACAUCUGAGGUUGAAUUUGAAGCUAAACGUAAAGGCAAUAGCAAGGUAGAUCAGCUGGCAUUGUGCACGAUUCAGAAGAAGAAACAUCGCGAGGAGGGAAAAAAUAAUGAGGAGGAGAAAGGCCAGCGAGAGAGGGCAAGAAGGAGAAAGACUAGGAAUCCCAGCCGGUGA